AUGACAGUCAAAUCGCAUUCUGGUAUGGUGUGGCCGUCGCAUGGUUGCUGCAGCGUCUCUAUCACAUGGCUGUGGGGGCGUAUCCGUUUUGUGGGUGCUGCCGUCGACGCGUGGGAGUUGGGUGUCUCUGUUGCGUGGGUGCUACGGAGUAUCCGUCGUGUUGUUACGGCAGCGACUGUCACGUUGCAGCAGCAGCGUGGUGGAUCUGUGCGUAGGUGCGGCGGAUCUGUGUUUGGUGCGCCAACCAAUUUCUAUGUUGUUUUCAAGGGUCAGGUUUGA